UUAUGUGGUUGUCUCAUUAAUUCUUGCACCUUGUUGUACGUUAACCGCGGUUUUUGUUACGUUAUUUCUGGACAGUGCUGUAUAUAAUUCAGAAGCUUGGUAUUGAAAGACUGGCGCCCGCGCGGCAGAGCAAGUGUCUUGCCGAGCAGGUGUCUUGUUUAAUUGUUGUAGUUUAAUUUAUGUUGGCUGUAUGCAUACUAGUUUGGAAACAAGUGUUAUGUAAAAUGAGUAAUUAUAUUCAUGUCAAUUUGCUUAUUUUCCUUUAAAACAGGUCAUUGCACCUGCCAACAUAACAAUAUCACGCACACGAACGUAAAAUUACUGUGUUAGUAAAAAGGUGUCCCUGACUUAAAUAAUGAUCAGGCAUUUUGCCGCAAAUUUAACGAUACUGUUGCUCACAACUGCGAAUGUCAAAGCUAGCAAUUGUUCCCCGACGAAUUACGACAUUAUAUUAAAAGGAGGUUCAUCAUUACCCAGCGAUGAAAUAAUAUCGAGACACAACGUAUCAUCUUCGGUGGUCAUGUUGGGUUGUCACACUCACUGCAAAGAAGAGGAAAAAUGUGUUGGUUUCAACUACAGAACAACAAAAGAUGUUGAAAAUUGUCAACUGACAAACGUCACCAACAACAGAGGCAACUCAAAGAAAGGACAUUGGAUAUUGAUGAGGGAUGCUGAAGCGGUUGGUGGAUACAAUAAUCCUGGAAAAUCGUGUUCGACAUUUCUGAACGGGCAAAAACCACAUCGUUGGGAAAUGGAGAAUACUGGAUUAAAUUGGAUGAAAAAAAACUAA